AUGACGGCGGCGCUGCCCUGCCUGGCGCUGGCGCUGCUGUGCGCGCUGCGCGCCGCGGCCGAGGUGCCCGUGCAGCCGGGCUUUGACACCCAGAAGUUCGCAGGGAAAUGGCAUUUUGCAGCCACUGUUUCCAACUGCUCCGUGUACCUGAAGAUGAAGGAUGGGAUGAAGUCACCCAUCGCCACCAUCAGCUUCACACCAGAGGGGAACCUGGCUAUGAAGCUUGCCUGGCCCCUGCCGGACAGAUGCCAGAGGUUGGAGCUGCUCUUCCAGCGGAGCGGUCAGGCAGGACACUACACAGGUAUGGGCGCACAAGAGAAGAGGGAGCUGCGUGUGAUGGAGACGGACUACAGCCACUACGCCAUCGUGCACGAGACCCAGCACAGGGAGGAGCAGCCCAGCACCAUGCUGCAGCUCCUCACAAGGGAGCAGGAUGUGAGCCCCCUGCUCCUGCAGAAGUUUGAAGAGCUCAUCCCUGCUGUGGGGCUGACCAAGGCCAUGCUGGCUGUGCUGCCCAAGUCGGAUCAGUGCACCGCAGCCAUCAGGUGA